AUGCCUCCCUUCAUCCCCAGCUUCCUCCUCAUCCUCCUCCUGGCUGGCCCCGCCCUCCUGACCCCAUCAACCUCUCAAGAGUUAGAGGUCAGGGGUCAAAGGACACCACGGGACACCAAGCAGGACUCCAUCAAGGUGGUGAUCACCGAGGGCUGCGCCACUCAGGGUGAUUCACCCGACUCAAGCCAAGGUAAAGAGGUAGACCUGGCCCCUGGUUCUCCCCUGGUCCUGACCCACCGGAUCAAACUGGUUCCAUCCGGUUCAGGGUCGGGCUCGUGCGGCUGCGAGGCCGACUUCGCUGCCUUGCGGGAGCGGCUGGAGCGCCUGGAGAGGGAGGUGUCGGCCCUCAGAGAGAAAUGUGGAGGAGCCGAGGGAGGCUGCUGCACCUCCAAGGAGAGCAAAGGUGCAGGCUGUUCCAUUAAGCCGGGCGUAGACGAAUGUCCCAACGAGUGCAGUGACCAGGGUCGCUGUGUGGACGGCAAGUGCGUCUGCUUCCCAGGCUUCAGCGGACCGGACUGCAGCCAGUCCAACUGUCCCGGCAACUGCAAUGACAACGGGAGGUGUGUGAACGGACAGUGCGUGUGCGACCCUGGUUUCUCUGGUCCGGACUGCUCGCAGAGAGGCUGCCCCGACAAUUGCAACAACCGGGGAAGGUGUGUGAAUGGCAGGUGUGUGUGCGACAGCGGCUUCACAGGUCCUAGUUGUUCAGAUGAAUCCUGUCCCGGAAACUGCAACAACAAGGGCCGCUGCGUCAACGGACAGUGCGAGUGCGAUCCUGGGUUCACGGGCCCCGACUGCUCCAAAAGAGCUUGUCCCAAUAACUGCAACAACCGUGGAAGGUGUGUGAACGGACGGUGUGUGUGCGACAGCGGCUUCACCGGAUCCGACUGCUCAGAGAAUUCCUGCCCGGGAAAUUGCAACAACAGGGGGCGCUGCGUCAACGGACAGUGCGUUUGCGAUCCUGCGUUCACCGGGCCAGACUGUUCCGAAAGCGCCUGUCCCGACAACUGCAAUAACCGAGGAAAGUGCGUGGACGGUCAGUGUGUCUGCAACCCCGGUUUUACAGGGCCCGACUGCUCAGCCAAAGCUUGCCCCAACAACUGCAGCAACCGUGGGAAGUGUGUAAACGGGAAGUGUGUUUGUGACGUGGGCUUCGCUGGGCCGGACUGCGCUGGCAAGGGCUGUCCCAACAACUGCAAUAACAAAGGUCGGUGUGUCAAGGGGAAGUGUGUGUGCCGGCGUGGGUUCACCGGACCGGACUGCAGCCAGUGUGAGGCGGGAAUGACCGGACCCAACUGCGAUACCGUCAUGUCGGGUGUGUCCCAGCUGAGCACGCAGGACAUCACAGAGACGUCUGUCACUCUGAUCUGGACUCCGCCCCCCGUCCAGUACGACACGUACCACCUCACCUUCACCAGCCAGAAAGAGAUUGACCAGCAGAUCACAGUCCAGGUGGAGGGCAGCCUGACCACAUUCACCCAGACAGGCCUGGCAGCCGGUCAGGAGUACACCGUCACCGUCACCGGGGAGAUAGACGGCAGGAUGGGCGCUGAGAGCUCCACCGAGUUCAUUACCCUCAUCUCCGGUCCCACUAACCUCGAAGUUGUGAAGACGACCACCACCUCUACAGUGGUCCAAUGGGAGCAAUCACAGGGCGAGAUUGACAGGUAUCGCUUGACCGUCUCACCCAAUGAUGGCGUAGGCAGGAGUCAAGAAAUUACCGUCCCAUCUGGCAGAGACUCCGCCCAGAUCGCGCAGCUGGAGGCGGGGCGUUUGUAUGACAUCAUACUUGUGGCAGAGAAGGGCAGCAGUCAGAGUCAACCAGUAACCACCCAAGUAACUCCUGGGAAGACAUUUCCGAGGGUAUCCACGGCAGCUGUAACCAUGCAGGUUACACCAGCACCAGGACAAGACAUCGAUAACAGAGAGCAAGCAUCAAACCUAGCACCUGAUGAAGCAGUCUUUGACCAUCAGGGGAGGAGGGAGGAUGGAAGUGAAGUGGAUCCUGGAAAAGCAGACUCUUCAGCCACCAUAAUAGCCAGAACUAAACCCCUGCCCAGCAAAAAAGAUGGCACCAUCCCAAAGCUAGGACAAAGACCCGUAUUGCCAAGGAAGCCAAAUGCCCCAGGCUUAUUACGUCCUAAUGCAACCAGAAUCGGACCUGGAGGGAAAAAGGUUGGGCCGGGUCCUUUGAAAAAGCUCCCAGGCCGGAGUCCUUUACAUGUGGUGAAGAAGAAGCCACCUGUAGUAACCAAAAAGCCUAAACCAGAGUCUCCCAUUGUAGGAGACAGGACGAUAGCUUUGACUGUGAGAGACCCCAACAGAGAGCCAUCAAGUGCUGAGAGUAGAGCUGGUGAAAAUCCAGCUAUGAUAGUUCCAGUUGGGACUGAUUCUGUGACAAAUGACCAAGGGGUCUCCAAGGAACCAAGUCUUGGCUCAAAAGAGCAACCAGAUGAUGGCAUGGCAACCCAGGGAACUGAUGGGGCUGUGAGAGAAAGUGCAGAGCCCACUGGGACUACUCACACCCCUGAGAAGAAAUGUAUGAACAAAGUUAAGACUCACAGCACUAUCACCAUCAGUGUCAUCAUCUUUAGCAUCGUCUUCCCUAGCUUCAUCUUCAUCAGCACCACCACCACCACCAUUACCAUCAAAAGUAACAUCGUCAUUGUCAACACCAUCAUUAUCACCAUUACCAUCAUCAUCACCACCACCAUCAUCAUUACCAUCAUUGUCAUUGAUACCAUCAGCAUCAUCAUCUCCCUCCAGCUCAGAAAAAUUAGAUUCAGCUCAGGGGAACCUCUGGACUAUGUAGGAGUGAGAGAUGUGACCCCAGAUGGAUUUACACUCAUCUGGGAUGCACCAGAAGGGAAGUACAAAAACUUUGUUGUAACUGCGCAAGAGCAAGGUAAAAAAGACAAACGGCCAAAGGAGAAGGAGAGGAAGGAGGAACAGGGACAUCAAGUAGAGGAGGAAGACUCUGAGAGGAGGGAGGAUACGAAGGAAGAGGGGGAAGGGAGGCAAGAAACAACCAAAGGCGUAGCAUCGGCAACUGAAAGCACCAACAAAGAAAAUGUAAUUCCAGAAAGUGACGUCUCGCACCAUCCAACAGUCCACAGCAGCACAACAGCCAAACCGGCAACAGGAAGUCAAGGCAAAACCUUCAAAAAGGUUCUUCCAGGUUCAGCUCGCUUUCUUCCAUUUGAGAGCCUCACUCCAAAGACCGAGUACACCGUGACCUUGCUCGGAAAGGGGCCUGGCCUUCUGUCCAGACUGCACAAGCUUGUCAUCAGCACAGGCCCGGAGCCUCCUACCAACCUGGUGUUCAGUGAGCUGACAGAAAACUCCCUGACGGUGUCCUGGACCAAACCCAGCAGCGCCGUCAGCGGCUUCAAGGUCACCUACACGCACACGGAGGACGGGGAGCCGGUGUCCGUGUCCGUGGACUCGCAGGACUCCACCCUCGGCCUAUCACGGCUCGCCCCGGGCUCCUCCUAUGAGGUCAGCGUCAUCUCCGUCCUCGGAUUGGACGAGAGCGACCCGAUCAAAGACUUUGUCAUGACUCUUCCUGACCCACCUACGGACCUGCGGGCCAUAAACGUCACCGAAACCAAGGCCCUGUUACUAUGGCGACCAGCACUGGCCACGGUCGACAAGUACGCCAUCGUUUACGGCACGGGGAAAGGUGAGCGGUGCUGCGACGACCUGAGGAUCACCGUGUCUGGAAACGCAGCCGAGCAGCAGCUGAGCGGCCUGGAGGGCUCCACCACCUACACCGUGACCAUCACCAGCCAGCUGGGCAGCCUGAACAGCGCGCCCGCCACCACCACCUUCACCACCGCCAGCGGGUCUGGGAGAGAUGGCGAGGGGCCGCGGGACCUCCAGGCCAGCCAGGUGACCCCUCGCACCGCCCUGUUGACAUGGAAACCUCCCUCGACCGCCGUGGGCAGCUACAGGCUGACCUAUCAGGCUGAAGGUCAAGAGAUGAAGGAAGUGAUCGUCGACGCCACGGCGACGGAGUACAAACUGAGCCGGCUUCACCCCGGAUCCAGAUACACGGUGCAGCUGCAGGGCGAGAGCGGCGGACGCUACACCGCCGCCGUCUCCACAGAGUUCACCACAGGCAGCCUGCGGUUCCCCUUCCCCACCGACUGCUCCCAGGAGCUGCUCAACGGCAUCACCGAGUCGGGGGAGGCCGAGAUUUUCCUCCACGGCCAAGACGGCACGCCGCUGCCCGUCUACUGCGACAUGGAGACGGACGGAGGCGGCUGGACGGUCUUCCAGAGGAGGAAGGACGGCUCGGAGGAUUUCUUCAGGAAGUGGAAAGAGUACGUCAAAGGAUUUGGAAAUCGGAGCGGGGAGUUCUGGCUGGGCCUUGACGCGAUCCACAACCUGACAGCCAUGACCAGGAUGAGUCUGCGCGUCGACCUGCGAGCCGCCAACGACUCGGCGUUCGCCAAAUACUCCACCUUCGAAGUCGGAAGGAAGAACUACAAGCUGACUGUGGGCGGGUACAGCGGCACUGCAGGCGACUCCAUGUCCUACCACAACACCCGGCCCUUCUCCACCAAAGACCGCGACCUGAUGCCCUUCAUCACCCGCUGUGCCAUGUCCUACCGGGGCGGCUGGUGGUACAAGAACUGCCACGAGGCCAACCUCAACGGCCGAUACGGCGUCGACGUCCAGCAUCAGGGAAUCAUCUGGACGACCUGGAAAGGAAAGGAGUUCUCCAUCCCCUUCGCUGAGAUGAAGAUGCGGCCAGCGGCCUUCUAUCCCCCCAGCCGAGGAUAAGAGAGAGAGGGAGAGAGAGAGAGAGAGAGAGAGAGAGAGAGAGAGAGAGAGAGAGAGAGAAGGAGAG